UGUUGGAACUUACACACAUUACUUUUUUCACUACCAAGCCUCUUUUUUUGAGUCAAAUGAAACAAUUACAUACUGGUUGUGAUUUCUCCUUUUGAAAUGGGAUUGACUACUUCAAAAUUUAACCACAAGGUGACAAAGGUGACACCUGUUGAAAGCAAAGAUGUAUGUCUCUCACCGACCACCAGCUCAGGACGCCAUGGUCUGGAUACCCUCUCUACAUUUGAAAGGCUAGACCAGAAGAAUUCAACAUGGGAAAGGCAACUCCCCCCAUUAAGACAAACUCUUUAUGGAAGGUGUCCAACAGACCCCAGGCCGAUUUCUUUUGACAUAUCUUUGGAAAAUGGAGACACGAGUAGCAUUAUAAAGAGACAUCCACCUCGAAGACCUCAAAAGCUUGAGCCUCUUGUUCUGCCAACCAUUAUGCCUAUCCAAAGAACCAUCAAUAUGCAAGAUCCUGGAAGGCAAAGAGAGGAACAGGGUAAAAAAGCACAGACAGAUCAUUAUUCCCCAGUGAUGCGACAACACCUACAAAAUAUUAGAAUGCGUGAACGAAAUCGCCAACUUGAAGAGAUGAAUCAUUUACAGUCACAGGUGGAAUCAAAGAGAAACGUCCACAGGGAGGCAAAGAUCGAUAAACACAAAAUGAAGGGGAUCAAAGCCAGGAAAGUGAAAGAAAAAGCCCAGAAAAAUAAUGAAGAUUCUCUCUCGGUAGAACAUAAUAAAUGCUUUAAUAUGGAUCAUGGAAACUCGUGGCCCUGGGGUAUUAAUGACGCUUGUAAAACUCCACAGCAUCCCACACAGAAAAUCAACAAGUUGGAAAUGUGGUUUAAGGACCAUGGGAGCAGUCGGUUAACAUAUAGCGACAGCUCAAGCAGCGAUUCCCUAGACAGCUGGAUCAGAGACAAUGGGAAAAAUCACCAUAGACCCCCAUUAAUCAGGACAAGAGCUGAGAAAAUUCCAACGUUCGAUGAAUUCUUUGACCGGGAAUUCUAAACAGGGCUGGCUGCAGCACGGGUGACGCUGUUGUGACAAAGUAGCUGUCUAUCAUGUAUGAAAUUAAAUUAGUUGAGAUGA